AUGCCCGCUCUACCGGGAGGAAUCGUCCUUAUCGCCAUUCCAGUCAUUAAUCCAAUGACGCGUGCGUGUGUGUGCGCCCCUCUCCACAUGAGUGACUUUUUCAAACUGGGAGACAAGCCUACGCUUUACCUGUCCGUGCUUGCCCCACGCACAGUCAUCGCCCCGCGUCGUGCGUCAUUGGCACCUCGCACUCCUCUGAAGUCGGCCACUCACACAAGACUUCAUCCGUCCAUUACUCGAUGUCGGGUCUUUAUCUCUACAUCUGGGGGCGAGGCGGAGGUGGAGGAGGAUGAGGUUUACUGUCCCGAAGGUGCUACUCAAUCUGCCACGGGCGCGCUUAUUGAGAGCCAUUUGGCCGUAGCAAUCAGCCCCGAGGCCCAGCAGUCUCCCAGCCCGCCUUACGGCUUCGCAUGCAUGCAACGAGCAUGCGCCGUGCACGCAUCGCGCAAGUCACCAGCAAGCGCGUCUGUCCGCGUGACUAACCGAUGUUAUCUGCCGCCGGCUACCACCUCAGGGCAACCUUGCCCGCCGCGGCAGCCGUUUCAUAUGUGCUGA